UGAGACCCUGUGUGAAAAAAGAACAGAGAACAUGGGUAAACUCAUUAGCAUGUUCAACAAACAGGCCUGUGGCAGAAAGGCAUAUGGAAAGCCCUGGGGCGGCCCAUCCCUGAAGUUGCAGAGGAGACUCUGGAACGAGAAAGUGAUGUGGAGGUCAGGGCAGGUGCCAUGUUCCCUGAGUUUUCCUCACAAUGCCCCAUCAGCUAAAGCAGGGUAAUUGAACUGUCGAGAAAUGCUGAAGUCCUGUCUAGAUCAGGUUGGCCUGUGGGCAUGCCUUUAAAAAAGGAAAUUCAGCCCACUGUGAGUGGCACUGUUACCUAGGCGGAGCUGGGGGUGGGGUGGAGUAGGGGUGGGUUCCUGGAGUAAAGAAGGCAAUUCUUUCUCUACCUUUGACUAUUACUAUAACUAGCUUCUUCAAGUUCCUGUCUCAGCUUCCUUUAAAGGAUAGACUAGCUGGGCAGUGGUGGCACUCACCUUUAGUUCCAGCACUCAGGAAGCAGAGUCAGGCAGAUCUCUGAGUUCAAGGCUAGCCUGGUCUAGAGUGAGUUCCAGAACAGGUAGGGCUACAGAGAGAAAUCCUGUCUCAAAAGGCAAACCAAUAACCAAAAUAACAAAGACUGUAAGCUGGCCAUUUGUUGCUUUGUGGGUUCUUCUACCUUGCUCCACCCUUUCAACCCCUAACACUAGAUAAGGGAGAAAAAAAGGAUAAAGGGGAAAAUAAAGAGAUCCCUGAGUUAAGUCAGGAGUCCGAAAGAGGGCAAUGUUAUUGUUAAACAUAGGAGAGCCCAUUUCCUUGGGGUAAGUUUCAUCUUCACUGUCAGGCUAACUCACUUUUUUUUUCUUCCUUCUCUGCAAACAACUACUUAACAAAUCACGUCUCAGGGUCCUAGUAUUUACAGAGUCUCUGAAAAGUUCCCAGAAUUCCAAAUGUCACACAAUCACAGAAACUAUCUGCAGCUGGCAAAAUCAUGUCCCUUGCUAGAGCAUGAGGCAAAUCAUCGUCAGUUACUGCAGAUAGUCCAAAGCAGUCCCAUGUCCCACACCUGGGAUUAAAUAGAAAACAGUCAUAAUAUUUUUGCAUUUAAAGAAACCAAAAUCCCAAAAUUGUCACUGUAAUCUGUAAAGGAAACAAGCUGCUUUCCCCUAGAGUUAACUGUUGUUGGGGACUGGAGUGCCCUGUAGCAAUGGAAAUGAGGCUAGGAUGGCUGUUAAGGGUGAGAACUGGGAGAGAAGGAGACUCUAAGUUUUGCCCCCUUAAUCCUUUCCCUAUUUCUAAAAACUUUAAUUUUACUAUAUUAAAGAGUGUUUACAUACAUGUAUCAUGUGUGUGCCUGCUGCCUUCUGAGGCCAGAAAGGACACUGGAUUUGAAGGCAGCCGUGAGACCCUGGUUGCUGGGGAACAUAAUGAGUUUCUUGCAAGAGUAGAAGUGCUGUUAACCACUGAGCCAUUUCCCCAGUGUCCCUUUUCCUAAUUUUUAAAUGAUCCAUUCUUUUCUUUGUGUAGUCCUGGGUGGCCUAGACCUCACUCUGUAGACCAGGGUGGCCUAGAACUCAAAGAGAUCCAUCUGCCUCUGCCUCCUGAGUGCUGGGAUUAAAGGCAAGGGCCACCACCGCCCAGUGGGAUCCUUUCUUCUCACUUAUUCUCCAUAGCAUCCCUCCCCUCUUCAUGUUCAUAUGCCUUACCUAAAAAGAACGUACGGGGAUAGGUUGGUGGCAGAAAGAUUGCUUAGCAUGCAUAAAGCCUUGGGUUUGACCCCCACUGCUGCUAAAUGGGUAAGUGGGAGGCACAGGUGCUGUCCCAGGAAACAAAGGAUCUAGAUCAGUGGUUCUCAACCUGUGGGUUGAGCCCUCUUUGGGAGGUGUCUAAGACCAUUGCAAAACACAUUUACAUUACCAUUCAUAAAAGUAGCAAAAUUAGUUAUGGAGUAGCAAUGAAAGUGAUUUUAUGGUUAGGGGUUCCCACAACAGGAGGAACAAACUAUAUUAAAGAUCACAGCAUUAGGAAGGUUGAGAACCACUCAUCUAGAUAAUUUAUAAAAAACUAAAAAUAGGGUGUAGGGGGCUGGAGUGAUGGCUCUGGUUAAGAGCACUGACUGCUCUCCCAGAGUUCCUGAGUUCAAUUCCCAGCAACCCCUUGGUGGCUUACAACCAUCUAUAAUAGGAUCUGAUGCCCUCUUCUGGUGUGUCUGAGGACAGCAACAGCACACACACACACACACACACAAUAAAUGUCUUUAAAAACUGAAAACACCCAUAUGCAUAAAAAAUAGGGUGUGGCAUACAGUAUAUGCCUUGGGAAUCGGAGGCAGGAGUUCAAGUUAAAUUGAACAGGGAGGAAAUAGGUGGAAUUGUGUAGCCAUAAUUUUUUUUUUUCGGAGCUGGGGACCGAACCCAGGGCCUUGCGCUUGCUAAGCAAGCACUCUACCACUGAGCUAAACCCCCAACCCCUAGCCAUAAUUUUUUAAAAAAAUUUUUAUUUUAUGUAUAUGCAUACCCUGUCACUGUCUUCAGACACACCAGAAGAGGGCGUCAGAUCCCAAUACAGAAAUUGCCUAUUUCAGCUGCAGAACAAUACUGUCCAUAUGCAUAAAGACACCCAUAUGCAUAAACGCAUUAUACAGAAUAGCUGACUGUUAGCAGUCCUUAAUGAUUCUACUUUGAGAGGCCUAUCAGGUGAUCCAGGGCCAGAAGGCCAAAGACUGAUGCUCAAAAGUUUUGAGGAAUGAAGGGCUGUUCAGGUAGUCAGCUGUCUCUACAGUUCUUUGAAAAGCUGUUUGCUGCUUCCUAUAUACCCAGAUAAUGUUUGUCAUUCUCAGAUUUUUGAUGGGGUUGAAGACUAGUUUUAGUCUCAUCAAACUCAAGUUGUUUAACAUUGAGAGAGGGAGAGUUUAUAGAGUAGAUGAAAUGGUUUUCAGGUGACAUUACAGGCUAAAAUCUGAACACAAUCCAGGGAUAGUGGAUUCUGAUAGAAAUUCUGAAGAAUUUCUGAUCUGAAAUUCUUUCAGAUAGAAAGAUCAUAGUAGACAAAUAUGAUGGACUAGAUGUUAUUUAUACAUCCCACUAUGUAAUUUACAUGGUCAUUAUGGUUUUGUUGAAUUUAAUGAGAAAAGAGGUUUUUUUUUUUUAUUGGACAGAAAAGAUAAAGUGAAGGGGGUGUUUCUGAUGAAAGUCCCUGUUCUCCAAUUGGUUCUUUUUUUUUUUUUUUUUUUUUUCGGAGCUGGGGAUUGAACCCAGGACCUUGCGCUUGCUAGGCAAGCGCUCUACCAUUGAGCUAAAUCCCCAACCCUCCAAUUGGUUCUUGAUUUGUCAGUAAAGAAAGGGUGCGUGUGCGUGUGCGUGCGUGUGUGCAAUUACUGAGCAGAAGGUACAGAAGGUACAGGCGGGACUCUUCCGGGUCCGAGGAGGAAAAGGGAGACACAAGGAAGAGAGGUUUUUCUUCUGCCAUGCUUUGGAGGAAGAACAUAGCAACUGGGCAAAGGCAUUUAAAUAGAUCCUGGGCAAAGGCAUUUAAAACCACACACAACACUAAUCUGUGAUACAUGAGACCUUAUUUCAAAGUAAAAGAUGGUUCUUGGAAGAGAAAGAUGCCAUUACUGCUUGUUCCUCCUGAAGCCUUGUUUUCCCACAAUCCCUUCCUACUCUGAGCCCUCAGAGUCAAAAUGUGAGAUGGAGUCAUCCUCUAUUUUCUUCAUGAAAGGCCUUGAGUAAGGCCUUUCUUUCUUUCUUUUCUUUUUUUGGUUGAGACAAGGUUUUUUCUGUGUAGCCGUGGCUGGCCUUGAACCCACAGAGAUCCACUGGAUUCUAAGUACUCAGCUAAAGUCAUGUGCCGCCACACCAGACCCAACUUUCCCUUUCUACUAGCUUUUCAUAGAGCAGUGUCAACCUUAGAUUCCAGUGCAGGGUCUAAGAGGCUGCAAAGGGCAAACAGUAUGUGGCUUUCCAGGGUGGUAGCUUCACAAUGUCUGACUGAAACUUACAUAAGGUGCUGCAUUGCCCCUGAAUGGGUCACACACUAUGUAUAAAAUUUCAGUUUCAACCAAGUACGUAAUCACUUAAAACAAAACAUACCUUGGGGAAAAAAAAAAAACAACAAACCAGCCUGGGGGUGCACGCUUGUAAUCCUUGCACUCAAGAGGCAGCAACAGGCAGAUCUCUGUGAGUUCUAGGCAAGCCUGGUUUACAGAGUGAAUUCCAGGACAGCCCAGGCUAUAUAGUGAAACCUUGUCUCAAGAAAACCAACCAACCAAACCAUACCAAAGCAAAGCAAAGCAAAACAAAAAACAAACUAACCAACCCAAAGGGUUGGGGAUUAGCUUGCUUGUAGAGAACUUGCCUAGCAUGCAAGGAGGUUUGGGUUCCAACCCUAGCAUCAAUAAACAGGCAAUGGUUAGUGAGUGCCUAUAAUUUUAGUACCCUGGAGGUGGUGAGAAGAGGAUCCAUCCAAAAUUUAAAGUAGUUUGAAGCCAGCCUGGACAAGAGACCCUUUCUGGAAAAGAAGGGGGUGGGGUGGGUGGGCGAGCUGGGUGUAGUACACUGUCUGCCUGCCUCUGCCUCCCAGUGCUGGGAUUAAAGGCAUGUGCUACCAAUGCCCAUCAUAAAAAUAUUUGUUUUUAAAGGUUUUUACUAUUCUUAUUGAUGUGUAUGUGUCCACACGUAGAUAUGUGCAUGUGAGUGCAGUGCCUGAUGAGGCAGAAGUGACAGGCAGUUGUGAGCUAUUUGACAUGGAAGCUGGGAACCAAACUCAGUCCUCUGCAAGAGCAGUUCCUAUUAACUACUGAGGCUUCUCUCCAGCUUCCCCCUGCCCCCCUCCUCCCCACAGUUGUAUUACUGGCUAGUCUUGAACUCUAGCACUGGGAUUAGGGAACUGAACCACUAUUCUUGAUCUUUUUGCUAUUUCCUGUUAGUUUUUUCUUUUAGAUGGGGCUUAACUAUAGAGUGUAUAGCUUCAAAUUCAUAACUAUCCUGUCUUAGCUUAUGUCUUUUGUAGAGGAUACCAAGGACCAGCCUAGUUAGGUCUGGAUUCUGAGAGGAGUGUUUGGGAGCAGUGAAAAGAAACUACUCGAAGUCAAAUUAUGGUCCAAACCGGCAGCCUAGUUCUGCUGAGACGGCUUUCCAGACUCUUCUCAGUGUGUUCUGCUCUGCUUUAGACCGCUUUUUCUUGCAAUCUAAAAACUUUCGGGUUGAGACAAUUAGCUUUUUGCUCUAGACGGUCUCUUUGCUAGUAAAAAUUUGAAAAGUUCUCUGGAUAGUUAUGGGUUUUCUGACCAAAGUCAGAAAAACUGCUAUAAAAAAUUCUUGGGUUUUCUAAGUCAGAAAUCCUGUUAGAAAAAUAAAGUAAAUCUUGGGUUUUCUGAUCAAAAUCUGAAAGCCUGAAAAAUUCUAAAAGAGCUAUGUUUGUUCUUCAGACAGCCUCUCUGGAUAGCUGCUAGGAAAACCUAAAAGAACUGUGUCAGCUCUCUAAGUAAUUCUUGGGAUUUCUGACCAGCCUUUAGCAAUAUGCUGAGACAUUAGUUAGCCACACCAUCUCCUCCCAGACUCAUGCUGUCUCUGAUUAUCAUGGAGUCAUUAAUGUUAACAGGGAGGACAUUCCUCAGAGGAAUGUGAAAAUAUGCACAUUAUUAUAUGAGCAAGCCUUCAGCCCACACCUGCUGGCUCUGUCCCAGGGGCAGGAACCAUGUCAUUCUGUCCCCACCAAGGCCAUGCCUGACUCGGCAGGAUGAUUGUUUCAUUUCUCCCUGUACUGCAAAGUCGGUGCCUUACUGCAGAACAGCAUUGGUCAGUGCAGCGCAUGGUAAAAUGAAGACAACACUGUCCUUCAUCUGACACUGUUUCUAAUGAGAAGGUACAUUAAGUCUCCUGAUGUAAACCCAUGGAUAGAUAUGGGCAGAUUAGAAUAUUAUACAAGACUUACAGCAUUGUUAUCCUGAAUUAUAGAAUUCUUAUAAUCACUAGGUAGGGUCUCAUCAUGUAACUCUUGCUGGCCUGGAAUUUGUUACAUACAUCAGGCUGCCCUUGAAUUCUGCCUGUUGAAUACUGGAAUUAAAAGAGUGGUUUGUUGGGGUUGGGGAUUUAGCUCAGUGGUAGAGCGCUUGCCUAGCAAGCACAAGGCCCUGGGUUUGGUCCCCAGCUCCGAGAAAAAAAAAAAAGUGGUUUGUCAUCAAAUCCAGCUUCAUAAUUACUUUUUCCCAUAGGUGAUCUCAUGACUUCUAAAGACUGGAGCUAAGUAUAGCUAUGCAUUUAGAGUUUAUGAAAAUAUGUACACAGUGCUUAUCUGCACCCAUUAGCAAGUCGGGGUGUUUUCCUUAAGUAGCAUUGUCAAGAAUGUUCUUUUCUAUCAAUACUGCUAAAAGUUAUCUCAAGUCUUCUAUGCUCCACUAAUUUAAGACAAGCAUGUCAGAGCAGGUCACUUCCCACUGAUUUAGGGUACUAGGGUGCUGUGUUCACUCUUCACUGGGUUUCAUGUAUUUCCCACAUGCCUCUUCUUUCAUUAGUUCACAGCUCUGAACAGUCACAUGGUGUUAUGUUGGUCAGCCAACUACCUUCAGGGAUUUGCUGACAAGCCCCAUGUUUCCUGCAAGUGCUUCAUUGACUUCAGUUACCUCUCCAGACAGAGGAGAGUUCACUGGCAGCCUUCACAUUUUCCAGAGCACCACACUCAUCCUGAAGCACAGUGGAUCUGGUAUGCAGUUCUAUCCCUUGACCGGCAGGAAGCCAUGGUGGUAUACAGGCUGCAGACCAUGGCCUGAAUGUUCCUUGACAUUUCCAGUGCCAUGACUGAUCGGGGUUCCAAGGGUUGCCAUGCUAUGCCUCCAUCACCACUUACUUUUCUAUUGCUGUGAAGAGACACUAUGACCAAGGAAAAUUAUAGAAGAGCUUGCAGUUCAGAGGGUGAGUCCAUGGCCCCACGAGGGUGAGGAACAUCAGCAGGCAGCAGGCAUGGCUCUGUAGUAGGAGCUGAGAAUGUGUAUUGAAUCAGCAAGUACAAGGCAGAGAGGCAGAGAGAGGGAGACAGACUAGGCCUGGUGUAGGCUUUUGAAAUUACCCCCAGUGACACACUUCCUCCAACGAGCCCACAUUUCCCAAUCCUUCCCAAACAGAUCUAUCAACUGGGGGCUAAGCAUUCAAAUAAGUCCAAGGGAGCAGCCAUUCUCAGUCAAACCACCGCAGCCCGCCAAGGUCAGCUACAUACUGGUUAUUUUCAAUAUUUGGGAUCAAAUUCAGGUCCUUGGCCAUACUAAGCCAAUAUUUACUACUAUGCUUCUUUUACAAAAAAAUUUUUAGAGAUUAUUUUUAUGUGUAUAGGUGUUUUAUCUGCAUGUAUGUUUGUGCACCACUUGUGAGAGCAGUGCCUGAGGUGUCAAGAGGAGGAAAUCAAGAUCCCCUGGAACAGAAAUGAGAGGGUUGUUAGUUGAUAUGAAGGUACCAGGUCCUCUGGAAGGGCAUCCAGAACUCUUAACUGCUGAGCUGUCUCUCCAGCCCCCCCUCUACUUAGUUUUAAAGGCUCUUUGGGUAUUAGACAGUUGGUUUUUCUUCCACUUUUACAGGUCUGCAGGUGGAGUUUGGGAGUUGCCUAUGCCAGGCAAGAGCUCUGGAAUUGUAUUUUCAGCCCAGACAUUUGUUCUUUCUCUAUUGUAGGACCAUUUCCUCCCUAUCUGUCAUAGUCUGUUGACUUGUACCACCCACCGGACUUGAGUUUGUCUUUGUAGUCUCUCAAUUCCUAGAUUACCCUGGUUUCUACAUGUCUUCAGAUUUUUCUACAUCAUUUAAAAAAAUAUAUUUAUGUCUUAUAUAUUUGAGUGUUUUGUGUGCAUGUAAGUCUAUGCUCCAUAUGCAUGCAGUGCCUGUAAGGCCAGAAUAGGGCUUUGGAUUGAUGCCCUGGGACUGAGGUUACAGAUGGUUGUGAGUCACCAUGUGGAUUACAAGAAUCAAACCUGGAUUCUGAAGAGUAGCCAGUGCAUGCUCUUAUUUGAUAAGCUAUUUCUCUAGCCACUCUAAUUAUUUUUAAACAUCUUUCCCCCUACUGGGUUGAAAUAGCUUGCUUUCUGAGAAUCCUAUCUAUUCUAAGUUCUAUUAUGUUGCACUAGCCUGUUUUUUUCUGGCAAGAAGUGUUUUCAUUAUUUUUACAUUUAUUUUAUGGAAAGGCAUGUUUGGCCUCAGUUUCAUUUACAAGUUCCCUUCCAUUUUCAUGGGUAUGUAAUUUUAAGGUAACUUAAUCACAUUCCCAACACACUGAGAUUUCGAUGGAAGUGCACACUUAACUUCUGAAUUGACUUUCUCUCAUUCUAAUAACUUUGAGCUCCUAAUUUUACUUUAUAAGAAUUAGAAUUACAGGCAGGUGCCAUUGAACCUUUUUUUUUUUUUUAAACUUUCUUGAGACAGAUAUUCUGUACCCCAGGCUAGCCACAAACUCAUGUUCUCCCGUAUCCACCUCUCAAGUUCUCGGUGACAGGCUACUACUUGGCUACGUUGUCUUUCAUCUGAGGAUGAAAGUGCUGUUCCAUCACCAGGUAUUUUCUUACAGAAAUUAGCCUUUGCCUCCUGAGUACUGGGAUUAAAGGUAUGAGCCACCAAGACCGGAAAUAAAAUCUUUAAACUUACGCAACUACCCUAUUUUAGUCAUUCUGUAACACUAGUUUCCAGAGAAAACAGGAAGUUCUUCUCUACCUGCGGCGUCGACCUAUCAGGUUCGUCAACUCGAGCCCACCCCUUCCCCGUGGUCCCUCCUUACCUCUAACACAAUGACUAACGUCACUUAGGGCUUCCGUUCUGGUCCCCCUGGUGUAAGGGGCGGAGAGACCGCGUGCCCUCCCUACGCAUGCGUACCUCCUGCCCUCCGCCUUCGUUCCGGCUUCUCCCUUCCCGAGCGACUGAUCCCUGGGGGAAGGGAGUCGUUUCAGCCAAUCCCGUGGCACUACGACGCCGAGGCGCUUACCUCCAUCCUCUUUAGCCAAUGAGCUAAACGUUCUCUCUACGUCAUAGACUUUGCCCCAUCCUAUCCCCCGCCACUCUGGCCUCAGAGCUCAGUCCGCGCAGUAACAAGAAGUGCGCGCUGCGACACCUCCCAGUUCACUCGGCCCCGCCGCCAUUUCGUCGCCUGGCCUAACGGUUCGGCCAAUCCCGACGCGUAUUGAAAAGAACUAGUGCUCCGCCAAUCGGAGGCCGCUGACUCCGACCUCACCUCGGGCCGGCCCAAUCCAGGCCGCGGCCCCGCCGCCCCCAACCCGCCCCCGCGGCGUCCUCUCUCCUCCCUCUUUGUGCGUCUGGCGCCGCCGCCGCCCGCCGCGUGAGAGGACGGGCUCCCCGCGCUCUUCGGGAGCGUAGUCGGGUCCCCUCCCCCCAACCCGCGAAGGUUCGUGAAGGAGAAGCCGCCGCGGAGGACGAGGAACCGCUGGUGCCGGUCCCCUGGGGCGCCAUGGCGACCGGAGCGAACGCCACGCCGCUGGACUUCCCAAGUAAGAAGAGGAAGAGGAGCCGAUGGAACCAAGACACAAUGGAACAGAAGACAGUGAUUCCAGGCAUGCCUACGGUUAUCCCCCCUGGCCUGACUCGGGAACAAGAAAGAGCUUAUAUAGUGCAACUACAGAUAGAAGACCUGACUCGUAAACUGCGCACAGGAGACCUGGGCAUCCCCCCUAACCCUGAGGACAGGUCCCCUUCCCCUGAGCCAAUCUACAACAGCGAGGGGAAGCGGCUUAAUACUCGAGAAUUCCGUACCCGAAAAAAGCUUGAAGAGGAGCGGCAUACCCUCAUUACGGAGAUGGUUGCUCUCAACCCAGACUUUAAACCACCUGCAGAUUACAAGCCUCCAGCAACACGUGUGAGCGAUAAAGUAAUGAUCCCCCAAGACGAGUAUCCAGAAAUCAAUUUUGUGGGGCUCCUAAUUGGGCCCAGAGGGAACACCCUGAAGAACAUUGAGAAGGAAUGCAACGCCAAGAUCAUGAUACGGGGAAAGGGAUCAGUAAAAGAAGGGAAAGUUGGGCGUAAAGAUGGUCAGAUGUUGCCAGGAGAAGAUGAACCUCUUCAUGCUCUAGUCACUGCCAAUACAAUGGAGAAUGUCAAAAAGGCAGUGGAACAGAUCAGAAACAUCCUGAAGCAGGGUAUUGAAACCCCAGAGGACCAGAAUGACCUAAGGAAAAUGCAGCUUCGAGAGUUAGCUCGCUUGAAUGGCACUCUACGGGAAGAUGAUAACAGGAUCUUGAGACCCUGGCAGAGCUCAGAGACACGAAGCAUUACCAACACGACUGUGUGUACUAAGUGUGGAGGGGCUGGUCACAUUGCCUCUGAUUGCAAAUUUCAGAGGCCUGGUGACCCUCAAUCAGCUCAGGAUAAAGCACGGAUGGAUAAAGAGUAUUUGUCCCUUAUGGCUGAGCUAGGGGAAGCUCCUGUCCCUGCAUCUGUGGGCUCCACCUCUGGACCUGCCACCACACCCCUGGCCAGUGCACCAAGGCCUGCUGCUCCUGCCAGCAACCCACCACCACCGUCUCUCAUGUCUACAACUCAGAGUCGCCCACCCUGGAUGAAUUCUGGUCCUUCAGAGAAUCGGCCCUACCAUGGCAUGCAUGGAGGUGGUCCUGGUGGGCCUGGAGGUGGCCCCCACAGUUUCCCACACCCAUUACCCAGCCUGACAGGUGGGCAUGGUGGACAUCCCAUGCAGCACAACCCAAAUGGACCACCACCACCUUGGAUGCAGCCACCACCACCACCGAUGAACCAGGGCCCCCACCCACCUGGGCACCAUGGCCCUCCUCCAAUGGGUAAAUCAGUACCUGGGAAGUACGCCUGUGGGCUCUGGGGUCUAUCGCCUGCAUCAAGGAAAAGGUAUGAUGCCGCCGCCGCCUAUGGGCAUGAUGCCGCCGCCUCCGCCACCUCCCAGUGGGCAGCCCCCGCCUCCUCCCUCUGGUCCUCUUCCUCCAUGGCAGCAGCAGCAGCAGCAGCCUCCACCACCCCCUCCGCCCAGCAGCAGUAUGGCUUCCAGCACCCCCUUGCCAUGGCAGCAAAAUACGACGACUACCACCACGAGCGCUGGCACAGGGUCCAUCCCGCCAUGGCAACAGCAGCAGGCGGCUGCCGCAGCUUCUCCAGGAACCCCUCAGAUGCAAGGCAACCCCACUAUGGUGCCCCUGCCCCCCGGGGUCCAGCCGCCUCUGCCGCCCGGGGCCCCUCCCCCUCCGCCGCCUCCGCCACCUGGUUCCGCCGGCAUGAUGUAUGCCCCACCCCCUCCUCCUCCGCCUCCCAUGGACCCUUCUAACUUUGUCACCAUGAUGGGCAUGGGGGUGGCGGGCAUGCCGCCCUUCGGGAUGCCUCCAGCUCCCCCACCGCCUCCACCACAGAACUAGACUUGUUUUUUUUUUAAGAAAAUAUAUAUUAUAUACAUAGAGAGUUGGUCUCGUUUAAACACACGCCGAACCUCACCAUAUGGAGCCAGACAUUGGGAUGCACGCAUGUGAUUGUGUGUGCACGCAUGUGUGUGUGUGCACGCACUGGGCUGGGCCAAGUGACUGGACUCGCUUGGGAAACGGGCAAGUGGUAGUAGGGGCGCCAGCUUGGGCUCUCCUGGCGCCCUGUAGCAUCGAGUGUCUUCUUUGUCUUCUCUCCUCACCCAACUCCCUUUGCCUCUCCCCAAACCGGGCCGCCAGGAUCCCUCCCCGCAGCAGCGAUGGCCCGAGCCAUGAGAGUGAGGACUUUCCGCGCCCAUUGGUGACCCUUCCAGGCAGACAGCCUCAACAGCGCCCCUGGUGGACAGGAUGGUUCGGCAAAGCAGCCUGAGUUAUUUUUGUGGACGGAAUCGGAACACGCUGGCUCCAUAUCGUGAAAUUUUUAUUAAUUUUUAUCUUUUUCCUUUGUUAUUUCCUUAUCUUUUCCUUUCUUCAGACUCCGUCCAAGGAGAUGCUCUCCCCGAUCUUCUGCUGCAGAUAGGAUCCUUCCCCUUGUCUCCAUUCCUUUCCUCCCAUAGGGGAGAGGGGCAAAUGGUUUAGGCACAGGCUUUGGCUAGUAAUGUCAGGCGUGGUGGUGGCGGCGGGGUCCUAUUGUUCUAAUUUGUUGAAGGGCCUCAACCACACUCAAAGAAGGGUGGUUUAUCUUCGACAUCUUAAAGAGUCUUGAUAAUCCUGACAUUGCUAAAUAGGGGUAAUCCGGCAGUGGGAUUCAUUCAUAUCUUCCUGCACUCCUGCCAGCAGUACAUGGCACAGCCCAAGCCACCCUAGGCCAGCCUGGAGUCUUUUCCAUGCUCUGAUCACCUAAGCUGCCUCAGAACUCAUUUGCUUCUCUCCUUCCUGGAAAGCUUCCCUUUAUGUUUUAUUUUGACCCCAGAUGUCCAGAUGUUUUGCAGUGUCUGGGGCUUGUGCCCCUUGUUGUUCGUUCUGCUUCUUUGCCCCUUUCCUCUACAUGGAGUGAUUAUGUUGACAAUAAUGUGUAAUGCGCGUUCUUUUCACUGGUUUAUCUACAGAAAUUUCUCUGGGCCUUUUUUCUGUGUUUGAUUCAACACUGCACUAAGCGGGGAAUGUUCCAAUUAAUAAAAGAGCAGUGUGGUU